CCCAAAUAAUAGCGACCAGUAUUUACUUAAGAAAUUGGAAAACAAAGAUUAUACUUAUUUCAUAUUUUUGAAAGCUCUUUUAUAAAGUUAAGUGCUUAAAUUUUAUACUUACAUUAAAAGGGUGUAAUAAUUAACUGGAUUAGAGUGGAUGUUUGUGCGUAGUUUGAACCAGUUUUUGGGUAUUUGUUAUAGUUUUUUAUUGCAGAAACACUUGAAUAAAUUGUUUAUUGUUUUACUUGUUGGUGCUAAAGGUAAACAUUUGUUCAGUAAUAGGACAAAAAAAUAAUAAACAUUCUUUAGGAUAUUCUUUCGUUUUAUUAAAGCUGAAGUCCAGUUAUAUAAAGAUCCAUGUCAAAUAUUAUUUUCUUUCUUAUCAAGCUCCUAAAAUAAUUUAUGUAUUUUGAAAAUAAAAUCAACUUAAAAGAAUGUUAUUUAAAAAGUGCAGGAGUUCGCUAAACUCGAAUAAAAUUUUGAAGAGUUCAAAGCACAAAUGCGAGGUAGUGAGAAUAACUGGAUUAGAGCUAAUCUCAGGUUGAAUGUUUCAAGCUUGGAUAUACCAUAUGGCUUAUUAUUAAUGACUCGAGUUAGAAUAUUUAUAUUUUUUAAUUAGAUGCUUAGCAGUAAAGCCAUUUGUGUGCUUAUCUUUUAAUUUAUUUCUAAUUGAAGUUGGUUUUUUAUUCAGAUUUGGAACCUUAGAAAUUUGCUAUAAAACCGUAAAAUUUACCAAGCAAUCACAUCAGUUGUAUUUUAAGCGUUUGUUAUUACUGCAAACUAAAGUAUGGCACGUCUGCUCAUUGUGAUUAGUGUUCUCGUGGUCACAGUAAAAGGAUCUUUUUUGAAUGAUGGGCAACAGUCGGACAUUUUUGAUGCAGAAGAAAGUGUUCAUCAAGAGGGAUAUCUUCCGGUCGAGGAUGCUUUGGAGCAUCAAUCCCAUCAUCACGGAGAUAUAGCUUCUCAUCACGACGGAUCGCAUCAUCAUUUCGAACAGAAUAACCAUGAUCAUGGAUCCCAUCAUCACCAGGCCGAGCCACACCAUCUGCCACACCAUCAUCUGGAGUCACCACAUUUCCAACAUCAUCAUUUAGAGACACCUCAUUUGCAACAUCAUCAUCUGGACGGUGCUCAUCUGCCCCAUCAUCAUCUGGAAGUACCCCACCAUUCUAUACAUCACGUUUCCCCCUUGCAUCACUAUCAGCAUCACCACCAACAUCAUCCCCGCAACUGUCAUGCAAUCCAUUGCCCCAGGACUCACAGUCCAACCUAUGCCACCGAUGGACACUCGUGCUUCAGGCUGGAAAACUUUUGUGAACUAGCAGUGAUCAAUUGCCUUCGUCGCAAUGAGCUUCAUGCUGUGCUGCACCAUAUAAGUCAACACGAGUGCCACCACCUAGCCGGGGGCUACAAAACAUUGUAAAAAACAUUUUGAUAAAUCGUAAUACCCAUAAAUUAAAAAAAAUAAUCAUACUAAAUAAAUAAUAACGAAAAAUUCGAAAUGGCGAAAAAUUCAGUCUCAAAUUUUUGAUAUUUAAUAUAUUUUUUGAAGGAGACAAA